AUGGCUCAGAAGAACAAAAAGGAGCAAAGAGCUCCAAAAAAGCCGACUCAUUCAGAGAAUUGUCAGAAAGGAAAUGAAAGUGUCUGA